GUGAACAACGGUACAGAGAGGAUGCGCAUCCAGAGUGAGUGGACAUCUACAACAGAUUCGAGCAAGCCGGCGUCAGCGUACGAACUUGGAUCGAAGCAGACCAGGCGAAACUCACUCGGUGCGCCUGCACGCGCAAGACCUGGGUGAAGGCUAUGUCAGAAUGUGGGCUUAGAGAGUGCGCGUUCGACCGAGUUGCUAUCCAGCAAACUGUGAUCUUUGGAUACCAGGUUUGCUCGAAGAAGGGAUUUGUUGAGUUUCCCUAUGCGGAUGACCUAGCAUCAUCUCUAGGAAUCGAGGUUUCUGCAAACACCACUCUCCCGGGCCGAAUCACCAUCGCAGCUAAUGGUGUCGGUGGAGCGCCCAGCUUCCCAAUACUGGACGAGGAUGGCGACAGAAUGGUGUUUGGAUCGGCAGCUUGGAAAAUACUUCCCGAAGGUUCCAUAUUGGUACCUGCACUCCUCCUCACAGCCGGUUUCAUGACUGUGCGGUGAGUGUAGACACUGGCGACCGGCAUUGCCCCGCUCCGAUAGUUCUCCACCGGAAAAACACCUUUAAGCCUUUUUCUCUUCCGAAUCCCUUUUCCUUUCAUCAUUUCUCUCUGUGCAUGAGGUCGGGGCAAAUAUGCGUAAUUCCACGACUGGCUUUUUGCUUUAUAUCUUUGUCUCCCUUUCUGAAUAUUCUUUCUUCUUUCUUCUUUCUUUUCUCCAUGGGAUUGACAAGCGGAUGUGGUGGGCUGUGAACUAGAACCCCCCCUCACCCCCAAGCCGAUAACUGCCCCAUCGCCCCACCAAUAGAUAGAACCCUCCCUUCCCUUCCCAUCAAAUCCACUAUGCAAAUGUGUGUAUACGAUACAAUACAACCCCAUCAUAUAUCC